GCCCAGCAUACGCCACACCUUUGCCAGAGACCACCAGGUUUGAAUCCAUCACAUCAGAAACAGCUACGGCUCCUCCAGAGAGCACGACAGCUUCAGGAAAGAGUAGCAUGGUGACUUCUCCCACGAUGGAAACCACAAGUACUAUUCCAGAGAGCAUAGCAAUCUCGGUAGCAAUCCCAGCAACCACCUUGACUGCAUCCACCACAUCACAAACUACCACAUCUGCUCCAGUGACCCCAGAGCCAUCCAGCCUUUUCCCGAGAGUUCCACAAUGAGGAGUAGUAAAACAAGAACCACUACUCAACUUCCAACCACCAUGGAAACUACUUCUCCACAAACCACCACGUUGGAAACCGCAAGAACAGCAACAGCCACUUCUCCCACAGAGACCACAAUGACCUCCAGCUCUAUCAAGACUACUAGCUCUUCAGAAACGACUACUCAACAUUCUAUCACCACACAAUUCUUAGCUACUUCUCCCGAGGCCACCACACCUGAAUCCAUCAUCAUCAGAAGCAGCCAGCUCUCCAAUGAGUGCAGUGCCUUCUACGGCAUCAGCAAAGAGCACAGUAACUUCUUCUAUUUCCGAAACCACCACACCAAUUCCAGAGAGCGCAGUGUCCUCCACAUCUUUUUCACAGACUAGCAUGCCGCCAUCCAGUUCGCCAAUGACCACUGCUUCUGCUUCAUCAAGUAGUGGGGCAUCUGUAACUCCCACUACCGCUUCCAGACGUCCUUCUACCCCUGAGGAAACGUCCACCUCUGCUCCAGAGAGUACACCACAUACGACAAUUUCGGAAAAGAGCACCAUAACCACUUUUGCUAGUAUGGCAAUCACAGGUUCCAUUUCGGAGAGCCCAGCAUACGCCACACCUUUGCCAGAGACCACCAGGUUUGAAUCCAUCACAUCAGAAACAGCUACGGCUCCUCCAGAGAGCACGACAGCUUCAGGAAAGAGUAGCAUGGUGACUUCUCCACAUGAUGGAAACCACAAGUACUAUUCCAGAGAGCAUAGCAAUCUCUGUAGCAAUCCCAGCAACCACCUUGACUGCAUCCACCACAUCACAAACUACCACAUCUGCUCCAGUGACCCCAGAGCCAUCCAGCCCUUUUCCCGAGAGUUCCACAAUGAGGAGUAGUAAAACAAGAACCACUACUCAACUUCCAACCACCAUGGAAACUACUUCUCCACAAACCACCACGUUGGAAACCGCAAAAACAGCAACAGCCACU